AUGACAUUCUCUCAAAACAGCUAUCUGACACAACACCGGUGGACGUACAAGGGUGAAAACCCGUACCCAUGCGACGUAUGUCAUAAGAAGUUUAUCAAUAAUAGCGCACUAAAUGUACACCGGCGGACGCAUACCGGUGAAAAACCGUACCCAUGCGACAUGUGUGAUAAGGCGUUCUCUCGAAAAACCACACUGAAUGAACACCGGCGGAUGCAUACGGGUGAAAAACCGUACCCAUGUAACGUAUGUGAUAUGGCGUUCUCUCGAAAACACUGUCUGACUAUACACCGGCGGACGCAUACCGGUGAAAAACCGUACCCAUGCGACAUGUGUGAUAUGGAAUUUACUUGUAAUAGCAAUCUGACUAGACACCGGCGGACGCAUACCGGUGAAAAACCGUACCCAUGCGACGUGUGUGAUAUGGCAUUCUCUCGAAAAAACAUUCUGACUGGACACCGGCGGACACAUACCGGUGAAAAACCGUACCCAUGCGAUAUAUGUGAUAUGGCGUUCUCUUGUAAAAGCAGUCUGACUCAACACCGGAGGACGCAUACGGGUGAAAAACCGUAUCCAUGCGAUAUAUGUGAUAUGGCGUUCUCUUGUAAAAGCAAUCUGACUAAACACCGGAGGACGCAUACGGGUGAAAAACCAUAUCCAUGUGACGUGUGUGAUAUGGCGUUCUCUUAUAAUAGCAGUCUGACUAGACACCGGCGGACGCAUACUGGUGAAAAACCGUACCGAUGUGACGUGUGA